AUGGCGACUCUGCUCUUCACCAGCUCCCUCCUCUCCAUCCAUCGGCAAGUCUCCCUCCUCUCUCGCUCCCUCUCCUCCUCCGCUCCCGCCUCCGCGCCUUUUUCCCCUCUCUCCCUACCCUCCGACCUCCGCCAUCACCUCCGCCCCCUCUCCGCGGCCUCCGCUGAGUUCCGCCGCCGCGUCGCCUUGGCAUCAUCCGCCCGCUCCUUCGCGACGAGGUCGACUUCUUCUUCGAUCAACAAUCCGAACCCCAAAUUGUGGAACCGUCCCCCGAAGGAGACGAUACUUCUCGACGGUUGCGACAUCGACAGCUGGGUCGUCGUAAUGGAGCAGCCGGAGGGUGAUCCUACUAGGCAUGAGAUCAUGGAUAGUUAUUUUAAGACGCUUGCGCAGGUUGUUGAAAGUGAAGCAGCAGCCAAAAAGAGUAUGUACUUGGCUUCAACAGGGAAGUACUUUUGGGAUUUGGAGCCCAUCUUCCUAGAGUUGAACGGGUUGUUCUUGACCAAAGUGUCAAGAUUAAUGAUUAUCAAUAAGCAUUGUAUGAGAGUCUCAAAUUAUUCAAGUGAAUUUGAACCUUUUAUUAACGAGCAAGCAGUUCCUUAUCACCCCAAGUAUUAUGAAGGAUGGUUGAGAAAUAAUGCUCGAGUUACCGAGAGGAAUGGGCGUAAAGAUGGAACUCGUAAUUUCGACAGAUUGAGGCACCAUUUGCAAGUCAGGGACAUGCUACCACCUAUGCAUAGCCAAGGGAUGCAGAACCCUCCACCUCAAGGCAACAUGCCCCCACCAACUAUGGGUGGUGGAAUGCCCCCAACGAGCAAACCUUGGCAGAAUGCUUGCACAACCAAGGUGGAAUGCCCCAAAGCAGCUAUGGUCGACCUUUUUGUCGCUCACUGUUCUCCGCCCCCGAACCUGAACAAGACGAUAUAUCUCCACAACUUGGAGCACUUGGUCGUCCUAAUGAAGAUGGCGAAGGGCUUUCCUACUAAGGAUGAGAUCAUCAAUAGUUAUAUUCAGACGCUUGCGCAGGUUGAGACCGGUGCUGGGUUUAUCAACCUCAUAUUGUUUUAG